UUUCUGUGUGUUUUACUUUUUAUACAGUAUUUAUACACACACCUAUAAUAAUAUUAUACCUAUACGUACACAAAACCUGUAUCUAUAUCUCCUCUCCAAAUUGUCUCCUGUAAAUCUAUAGAUACAGUGUAUACAUUCAAACAACACAGAUUAAUCGAUUAUAUACGCUUUUAUCGUGCAAAAUUGCACACAGUUCGAUGCUGAAUUUUGCGAAUUUGAAGUGAACGUGACGAACGAGAAGAUCUUCCGGUUUGAAUUAGGUUAUGUUGAUUAUUGAUUUUUGAUGUGUGUGGUGUUUUGAUUGUUGCAAAUUGUUGUUGUGAAGGUAUGAAGCGCUCUAGAGAUGAUGAUGAUGCUUACAGUAGUCCUCAAAUCAAGCGGUCAUUUGUUUCUGAACACUCUAGGCAUAGGCAAUCCCCGAUGACCGCAAAAGGCAGCUCACAGAAGAUAACAACAAAUGAUGUCCUUACAUAUAUCCAGAAAGUCAAAGAUACAUUUCAUGACAAAAAGGAAAAGUACGGCGAGUUUCUUAACGUCAUGCACGAUUUCAAGGCGCAAAGACUUGACACCACAGGCGUCAUAGCAAAGGUGAAAGAAUUGUUUGAUGGGCAUCAGGAACUAAUUUCGGGUUUCAAUCCUUUUCUGCCAAAGGGAUCUGAGAUCACCCUCUCACGGGAUCAUGCGCAACGUCAUGUUAAGAAACCUGUGGAUUACGAAGAAGCACUUGUAUUUGUAAACAAAAUAAAGAUGAGAUUUCAAGGCCAAGACCAUGUAUACAAAUAUUUUCUUGAUACUAUGAAUAAGUUCAAAAACGAAAAUAAAUCCAUGAAGGAACUCCACCAAGAGGUUGCUGCUCUUCUUAACGAUCAACAAGAUCUGCUAAAGGAGUUCACCAGUUUUUUUCCCGACUCUUCAACGGCAGGAUCUAAUAGUUCUGGUCACUCCAGUAGCAACAAUAACUCUGUACAUGAUGAUCGGAGCUCGCCAUCUGUCACAACGAGACCUCUUCAGUCUAAAAAGAUUGCUGGUGCUUCACAUGUUGAACGCAAAGUGAGUGUUGACCGAACUGAUCCAGUUCAUGAAAAAGGAUGUGUCGCGGCUGAUAAAGAAACAGACACAUCAGAAGACACGGAACUCAAAGAACAUAAUUCGGAUGUCAAAGACUGUGACGGGAUGCAGCAUUUUACCCAACAUAAACCUGCUCGUACUCUUGAGGACUCUGUAGCUGAACUGUUUCAUCAAGAUUUGCAUGGCCAAAUGCUUUGUCUCCGUGAGAAAGUAAAGGAAAGAUUGAGCAACUCAGAAGAUUAUCAGGCGUUUCUGAAGUGCAUUGAACAGUACUGCACUGAAACUAUUACUCGACCACAACUGCAAUCACUGGUAAAUAAUUUGCUUGGAGCAUAUGCGGAUCUUGUGGAAGAAGUCAACGAGUUCAUAGAUCGCAGUGAAAUGACAAGACCUGGAUCGAAACCGUCUUUAAUUUCCAGCAAGGACAAAUAUGCAUCAAAAUCGAUUCAAGAACUUGACCUUUCUGACUGUAAAAACUGCACUCCAAGUUACCGACUUCUGCCAAAAGAUUACCCAAUUCCUUCAGCUAGUCAAAGAACAAAGAUCGGUUUUGAGGUGUUGAAUGAUCAUUGGGUUUCUGUUACAUCUGGAAGUGAAGAUUAUUCUUUCAAACACAUGCGUAAAAAUCAGUAUGAAGAAAGCUUAUUUCGAUGUGAAGAUGACAGAUUUGAACUGGACAUGUUAGUAGAAUCUGUGAAUGUAACAGCCAAACGCGUGGAAGAAUUGUUGGACAGGAUUAAUGAUAAUUCCGGCAAGACCGACAAUUCUGUUAAUAUCGAAGACUUCACUGCUAUACAUUUGAAAUGCAUUGGACGCCUGUAUGGUGAUCAUGGGCAUGACGUGAUGGAUGUAUUAAGAAAAAACGCAUCUCUUGCGUUGCCGGUAAUAUUAACUCGUCUGAAGCAGAAACAAGAAGAGUGGCUGAGGUGUCGUUCCGAUAAUAAAAAAGUUUGGGCAGAAAUUUACGCUAAAAACUACCACAAGUCACUUGAUCAUCGUAGCUUUUAUUUCAAACAGCAAGAUUCAAAGAGCUUGAGUACUAAAGCUUUGUUGGCCGAAAUCAGGGAAAUGAGUGAAGAACGAUCUGUAGAAGAUAACAUUCGUCAGUGUGUUGCUCCUGGAGGAAAACAAAACACUAUUCCACAUCAAGAGUUUAAGUACUCUGAUCUGGACAUCCAUGAAGACUUGUAUCAGGUUAUGAAAUAUGCUGUUGCACAAGCGGGUUCUCCUGAACAAAUUAAUAAGACUGUGAAGAUCUGGACUACUUUCGUGGAACCUAUGCUCGGUGUUCCUCCUCGGUCUUCACGCAUAGCUGACCAAAACGCUGCAAAAACAGCCAAUCAUGCUGUUACAAGUGGCGUAGCAGUACCGUCAGCUUCUAGAACUAGAAUGUUAGAUGAUAGCAGUGGUGUUAAAGAGAACGGUUAUUCCAAAUCUGAUCAUUCGGAGCAUACAGGAAGUGAAUCUGGUGAUGAAGAGGACCUCUCUCCUGAUGCAGACCUUGAUAACAACGGUGAGAGUGAUGAUGUGGCGUAUGGGAUGGGUGACGAGGUCUAUCCAGUAGAAAAUUUGUUAGAAAGAGUGAAGCCGGUAAUGCUGCAUCUUCCUGCAGCAUUUAAUAAUAAAGAUAGAAAAUCUCGGGUCUUUUAUGGAAAUGAUGACUUCUAUGUUUUCUUCAGACUUCAUCAAAUACUGUACUCAAGGCUAGAGGAAGCAAAGGAGAAGUCUUUAGUUGAGAGAUGGAGGGGUUCAAAUGAUUCAACGCCUAAUGAUUCAUACGCUAGAUUCUUAGAUCUACUGUAUAGUUUUCUUGAUGGUGCUAUUGAUAGCGCAAAAUAUGAAGAUGAAUGUCGGGCUGUUCUCGGCACUUGGUCAUUUCCCGUUUUCACAUUGGACAAGCUAAUUGACAAGCUUAUUAAAUUGCUACUAGCAAUUACCAUGGAUGAGGUUAAUAACAAGCUGCUUGACCUGUAUGCAUAUGAAAGUUUAAGGAAGGAGGGAUUCGUAGACGAACUUUAUAACGCAAACGCCAGCGUAAUUGUUAAUGACUCCAAGAUCUUCCGGUUCGACUGUUCAUCUAUCCCGGAAACACAUAGACAAACCCGACUAACCAUACAGAUAAUAAACUUUGCAUAUGAAAAAUCUGAACCACCGGCUGCUUCAUUGGACCCGACAUUUGCAACGUAUCUAAACUCCCAACUCCUUUCAGUUAAUCCGAAGAAAAAGAGGCACAGAAUCUUCUUGAAGAGGAAUAAGCGGAAAUAUGCGUGUGAAGACGUGGACUUGGCAAUGGCAAAGGCCAUGGAAAAGUUUCAUAUUGUAAAUGGACUCGAGUUCAAGAUAGCCGCCUUUACACAUAAGGUAUAUUAUGUGAUGGGUACAUCGGAUUCGAUGGUGCAAAUGCGCAGAAAAAGGAUAACUAGUCGUAUGGGGGCGGGCCAGUCUGUUGAUCAUGCUACUGCUAUUUCAAAUGGUCGUCGUGCUCUCAAAGCAUUGAAGUUCAAGAAGCUUCUAUUGUCUAGGCUUCCUCCCAUGGAACAAUGGGAAGCAAUUGGAUGAGGUACUUGCAUAGCAACAAACAUCUCCCUUGCUCAGUUUGACUUUGACCGAGGAGUUAUUUUCGACAAUUACUCAGUAGUUUUUAUAUAAUCCGGUUUCUGAAAUAAUCAUAUAUUGUGAAAAAUUAGAUUUAAAUUAGAAAGAAGACAGUAGGAACCAUGUUUUGAUGUUUAUUUGUUUUUACUUUUGAUUUUAACAUUUACCUUUUAUGAGUCA